ACACCCUCGGAGGCACGUGGUCUCCCUGCUCGAGAGGACAGGUGUUGAAGGGUUAAAGAUUCCUCAUCCGGCGACGUGCUGCCCGCCCCGCGUCCUCCGGUCCUCCCUCGCUGUGGAUUGUGGGAGCCGAGGACACGCACCGCCCGCUCAGCCUCGAUCCCGGAGAACCGGCGACGUUUAUAUUCUUCCCUUCCUGCCCCCCCCCCUUCCCGCUGUUUUUUCACACUUAGAGCUCAACGCCAUGUCCAGCCGAGGAGCCAAGAAGAAGUCCACCAAGACGUCCCGGUCCAGCAAGGCCGGGGUGAUCUUCCCUGUGGGCCGCAUGCUGCGCUACAUCAAGAGGGACCUGCCCAAAUACCGCAUCGGGGUGGGGGCCCCCGUCUACCUGGCCGCCGUGCUGGAGUACCUCACUGCUGAGAUCUUGGAGUUGGCGGGAAACGCAGCCAGAGACAACAAGAAGGGCCGAAUCACGCCGAGACACAUCCUGCUCGCCAUCGCCAACGACGAGGAGCUCAACCAGCUGCUGAAAGGCGUGACCAUCGCCGCGGGCGGCGUCCUGCCCAACAUCCACCCAGAGCUGCUGGCCAAGAAGAGAGGACUCAAGGGAAAGCUGGAGAUGCCGGUCUCACCGGCACCAGAGAAGAAACCCAAACCGGUCAAGAAGUCGGCGAGCAAGAAAAUGAGGGGGAAGAAGGCGGGCGCCAGGCCGAAGAAGCAGGUGGAGGUGAGCAAGGCGGCGUCUGCAGACAGCACCACUGAGGGCUCUCCGGUGGACAGCUUCACCGUGCUCUCCACCAAGAGCCUCUUCCUGGGUCAGAAGCUCAACCUCAUCCACAGCGAGGUCAGUAACUUGGCUGGCUUUGACGUGGAGGGGGUCAUCAACCCCACCAAUGCCGAACUUGAGCUUAAAGAUGAUCUAGGCUCUGCUCUGGAGAAGAAGGGGGGGAAGGAGUUCAGCGAGGCGCUGUCAGAGCUGAAGAAGAGGAGCGGCCCUCUGGAGGUGGCAGGAGCCAUGCUGACCGCCGGCUUCGGGCUUCCCGCCAAGUACGUGAUCCACUGCAACAGCCCGGCCUGGGGCUCGGACCGCUGUGAGGAGAUGCUGGACAAGACGGUGAAGAACUGCCUCGCUCUGGCAGACGAGAAGAAGCUCAAGUCUGUGGCCUUCCCCUCCAUCGGCAGCGGGAGGAACGGCUUCCCGAAGCAGACGGCGGCCCAGCUCAUCCUGAAGGCCAUCUCCACCUACUUCGUGGCCACCAUGUCUUCCACCAUCAAGACCGUGUACUUCGUGCUGUUUGACAGCGAGAGCAUCGGCAUCUACGUGCAGGAAAUGGCCAAGCUGGAGACCAGCUAGAAGACCCCCCCCCCUUCGACGACGCCCCCCCCCUUUACUUUUAUUUCCUUUAGUUGCGUAGUCCUCCUGUGUUGUUUUUAAGUCCUCAUUCACGUCACGCUGCUGCUCUUUGAGGGCGAGCGGCGCUCCAAGGGACUCCCUGUAGUUUUCCUCCUCGUGGUGUACCUGGAUGGGGGGGGCUCUGCAGAAUACGGGUUAAUUCGUGUAGCUUUCCUCUGAAAACACGAGGACACGUUGGUCUCCUGUGUGGUUUGUUGUGUCCUUGAUGUUCGACAUGAAGCAGAGGAAGGUCCAGUAUUUGUGAAAAUGUUAUAGAAGAAUAAUAGACUGUAACAAAGAUUUUCUUUUUUUAUCCUUUUAAUUGAUUCCAAAAGGCUCCGGAGGUUUGGAAGAAAAAAGAAAAUAGUUUUUUGUCUUUGUUAAGCCAUAAAAACAAAUGUGUUCCUUCUUGCUGAAAACAGAAGCUUCCUGAUUUAGUUUUUUAAUUCUUUUGCUGUUUCUCCAAACCGCCACUAGAUGGCGCUCUGUGACCAACGACUGGAGUCACUCAUCGCGGCCAUUUCCCGAGCAGCAGCAGCCCUCCACACGUAUAAAUAUAUAAAUAUAUAUAUAUAAAUAUAUGUACAUGAACCCGACUGCUCUGCUGCAUUUGGACUUUUCAAAAGAACUUUCUUAUAGAAAAAAAGUGUUUUGCUUUCUAAAUAAUUGCUACAAUUGAUGAUUCAAAAGGUCUGAACACACUCCGGUAAUAAAAUACCUUUAAAAUCCA